AGCAGAACGCAGUGACAGACAUUUGUGUUUUAUUCUAAAUUUCCUGGAGGGCAGUGACUUGUGUUUACAACCGACUAACCCCCAACCCAACAGGUAGCGCACGACGGUGAGGUAGCUGUUUAUUUCAGAUUUUGAGUAAUCACAUUUAUGGCGCAAAAUGGCUUGUGUUGAGUCUCUUGAAAAACUAUCUCUUCUGGAUGUGUCAGAGCCAUCUGUUAUCAAACCUUUCAUCCAACAAUCACCAUUGAAAGAGACAGUUACUGCAGCAAAAAUCGACGGAGUUCAUACAGACAUUGUCAUCACCGAAUUUGUGAAUCGCAUUUUUAUUGUGCUUACUCAGCGACAGUCAUUUUCAAGCCUACUCCUUGUCUCAAAGGACGGUCCUAAAACUUUCGAAGGGAAAGCUGAAGACAUAUACACUGUGAAGUCGAUUUUUGGAGUAGAUAGUGAGCAAAGCGGAAACCUUGUUGCUCGCUUUCUGAGUGAGCAUACUUGCAUGAACAAGCCUGCUUUAUUUGCACUGGGCUUGAAGGACCAUAGUCCUCGUACAGUCAGAGCACUCAGAGAUAUAAUCAAUCAACACAAGAGUUGGUGA